CAAUAAAUUGCUGUAGCAAGGAAGUACAGCUGAGUUACACAAUGACAGAAGACAUCAGCACUAAUACGAUAUUAUAGCUCAAUGCUCCUCCCCAUAGUGCUCUGGGGCUCACGACCACCCUCCCACACCGUCUCUUGUCUCUUUCUCUCACGUGAUGACAAAGUCCUCAUUUCGGGAUCCACCGAGGGGCAGUUGCUGGUGUGUGACGUGUUCCCGGAAGCCCUGAUUCCCCGGAACUUCCUAGUUGGACAUUCUACAGAGGUGGUUGGCAUGGACCAGCUGGUAUCUGGACUCAACAACUUUCAUAUCAUAUCUGCUGCUUCUAACGGGGAGGUAUUUAAAUGGAAUGUGACGGAUGGUUCUUAUAUGUUGAGCACUGUAGUUCAAGGACCCCUCAUCAAACUGCAGACGCUGCCCUCAUCCCAGAACGUGCUAGUCUGUGGGCAGUACGGCGCUAUAACAGUUCUGGAUUACAAUACCCUAGAUAUAAAACAUCACCUGGUACCCAGCGACCCUACUCACUGGGUCCUGUGCUACACUGUAUUCCAGCCUCCUAAAACUAAGGACGAGGAGGUGGUCUGUAUUACGGUUAACGGGCAGAUCAAAACCUGGAACCUGCAGUUUGAAGGAAGGGAGAAGAUGAUAUUAGAGUCAGAGACCAAGAUACUGAACUGUCCCCGACCAGUGUGUGUCACUUACAACCCUCGUAGUCUCUACAACUGCCUCAUUGUGUGUCAGAGUAUUUGGAGGAUUUACAGGGCCGGUGACUUUGUGUUGUUAUGUUCUGGAGCCAGUAACCAGGAGGUACCGUGGAGUGGUGGUAAGUUUUACACAGUGGACAAGAUAAUGCUGUGGAGAGAGAACGGAGUGUUGUACGUGUACCAGUUGCCUGCGCGCGCUAUUCGCCCCGUAGAUCACAGUGACGCUUCCUGGAGCGCAGAGCCCCCUACUCUUCUGUACAGUGUACCUACUGGGCCUCUCAUGGAAUGUUUAUUAGUGCACAAGAAAUCUAUGAGAACCCCACACGAUGUACUGAUUAGAGGAGAUAGGGACGGCAGAUUGUCACUAUGGAAACAAGAUAGAGAGAAAGAUAUAGCUAGUGAGGGUUUAGUGGAAUGUAUACAUACCAGUCUAUCAAAGACUUGGAACAAAGACAAUGUUGCUUUAGUCAAUGAGAAGUGUAACAGAUGCGGUGAUGCGGUUGAUAUAACAGCGAGUGUCUAUCUGGAGAGUCUAUCUUACAUCGCUUGUGGGCUAUCCUCUGGUGAUAUAAUUGUAGGACUAGUUCAUCACUUCCUUACUCACUCCCUGUUCAAGUGUACUGAAGAUUCAGAGGAGAUAGAUUCGAGAGUGAGGUUAAAGGGGCACAAAGGGAAUGUUAGUGUACUGCUAUAUCCUCAUGCCAGCCAACCUUCUUCUUAUCUUCCUAGCAUUCUCUACAGUGGAGGAGCUGAUUUCAGUGUGAAGAUCUGGGAUUGGAAGAAAGUGGUGCUACUUCAGAGUUUUACCACUCACACUGGACCAUUAACCAGACUGUUCUUACCUCCAACACAAGCCACUGGAAAGUUGCGAGGAAGUGUAGUUUCAGUAUGUCAAGAUAACAGUAUCACAAUAACAACUCACGCGCAGUUCACUCCCUUGUUUGUGGGAUCCUGUCAUCACACUGGAGUACUGGAGAUCAGAUGGCGGCUAACUGAGGACAUCUUACUCGUUCACUGUUUAGAUGACACAGUGUACGUUUGGGGACUGAGUACAGGACACCUGGACAGAAUAGAAACAGGAGCAGUGGCUCUGAGUUUGGUAUCCGCCUGUCAAACAUUCAGUGAAGGCGAGCACUGUAAACUAGAGAUAAAAGCCUCCAGUAGCGUAACCAGACACAGCACCGGUCUCAGUGUGGUUCCCUUCAGCUUCUCAUCUGGUGACAACAUGUCUCACCUACUACUCUUUGAUACGGAGCUACUCUUACACUUACUAUCUCAACUUCAGGGAGACAUCAUGACUCAUGAGUUUGAGAGGAGCAAGUCCCAGCCUAAUGUAACGGAAAGGCGGCGCGCAUCAGCACGUGCGGAUCAGCGACUAUCAGACAGACGGACCUCAAUAAUCAAACAGACAGAGACGGCCAAGUUACUGGAAGAGAGAAGUGUGAUAUCAGAGAUACCGGUGGAAAACACUGCGGAGAUAAAGAGCAGUUCGGAGGACAUAGAGGACAAAGAGGACGACAAGGAGACACUGGACAUCAUCAAACUAACAUGUUCCCUGCUGUUGUCAUGUCUCCACGCCUGGGGUGUGGACCUGAACAUAGACCGGACCUGUGUCAAGCACCUGGGGCUCCUAGUUCCGGGCAAGGAGUUAUCUUACGGUACUGUGGGGAGCAGCUCUACUUUCAUGUUACUGUUACCCGGCUGGGAACACAGCAUACAACAACAGAGUCCCAAUACAGUUCAGGCUCCAUUUGGGAGGUGGUGUAUCUCCUCAACUCUAACUACACAACACCUGUUAUCAGUUUCAGCACUUGCUAACAAACAAAUGUCAACUGAUCUCACUCUCUCUUUCAACAGACGCGCUAAAAACAACACUGCUAAAAGAGAAGAUAAGACGUGGGAGAGAGAAGAGAGAUUAAGACAGAGUAUAAACGAGAGUGAGAAGAAGGCGGGCUGGAGUCACGUGACUGCCCUGCAUUGUAUUGUUCUACCUGAGCACGUGCCGCCGGGUUACUGUUCUCCUCUUCUAACUCACCUCGCCCUCAAGUGGCAGGACAGGUGUAUGGAAGUAAGGGAAGCCUCGCAGGCUCUGUUUCUACGGGAGUUACGCAGGAUAGGCUUCACUGGAAGACAACAGCUAGUGAACCAGUGGUAUCCUUACAUUGUGAGGAAACGAGACAUCAACCCGCCUGAACCACUGGAGAAAGUGUACACUAUGGACCUGCCUCUCAUCCCUGAAUAUUUCGCAAAGUUUAUAAACCGGCCCGAAAAGAGUAGGAGUAGUGUGUCGGUAGAGGACGAGGAUCUACCAGCAGACUCUUACCCAGUCUCAGUUAUUAUUCUGGGGGUUAUUGUGUCAGAGUUCCCCGACGAGGUGGAGGUCACCAGUGUCAGGAAUCACGUGACUUCACAAGAACGCAGAGAUGUUAUCAGAUCUAGUUUCCUGCUGACGCACGACAUGUUGCGAGGAGUUGCAGCUCACCUCUUCUCACAGCUCAUUAAACCCCCCUCCCAGCUUCCCCUCCACUCCCCCAUUAGGAGGGCUUCUGUAGAUCUCAUAGGUAGAGGGUUCGGUGUGUGGUGCGAGUUUGUGAACUUAACAGCAGUUGUAAUGACACUGCUGGAGUUGCAGACUGAUCCUCUGGUUCCUAUUGAGGUUAAGAAAGCAAUCGCUCAGAGUGGCAACAUACCUGGCACAGGAAACAAGGAGUGUCUAGCAGCGGCGGCCACUGUGAGGGCAGCUUACCAGGCCAGCAUUCUCAUAGCUAACAAUAGACCUCAGCAGACUGUCACCGCCCUUUCCAAAGAAAUAAUGACUUUUAAGUGCGACGUUGAGGCUGGUUUGUCUAUACAGUCCUUGUCUGUGUUCCCUUCAUCUUAUCACACUGUGUUAGACAAAGGGAGAUAUCCUAUAUAUUUACUGGUUCAGAAUAUAAUAGAGAAGACGAAGGUACGUGACCUGGCUGCGAUAAUAGUGAAGAUAGUGGAGAUAAUGCUGUUCUGCAUCGACACCGAUCAGUUCAAGACCAGAACCUUAUCUGAACUCGUACCGUCUCUAACUAAGAACGUUCUGAUAGAUUACUGUGCGGCUACACAACAAGUAGUAGUCGGUUCUGCGGAGGGUCUUGUGCACGUGUUCGAUGUUAAGAACACCAAGUGUACGCCGCUUCACGCUCACAACGCACCCACCAGCGCCGUAUCCCUGGCAACCAACGGGCGUACCUUGGUGACAUUCAGUGAGAACGAGGGACGUGUCUCUAUUUGGCAGAGUAGUUCGGGGCUACUGUCCCUCAUGUCUCCAGGUCCUCUAAAACUAGUGCGAGUAGUGGACGCUCUACCUCCCCUCUCCAGCAACCAUUCCUCUAAAUCUCCCCUCUUUAAAUGGGAAGCUACUAAACUUGUCUCUUUAUACCUCAGUGACGGUACUAAGAAAUCUUUCGCUGUGUAAUAUUUUUGAUCACCAGGUUUCCUGAUUUUAAUCUCUUUGAAAGAUUCAAAGCCUCUUGUCUAUGUUGGGGUAUCUUCUUUUCACUUUUAUGUAAAUUUUUAGAUAAAUAUGACGCCAUUGAUUGGCCGCCAGUCAGUGUUUCUAUGGUUACGAUUUAUUUGGAACUUAUGGUUUUAAGUAUUUUGUAUUACGCAGCUCUACCCUAUUUUAAUUGCUAGAAGCAAUACAGUAAAACUCCCAAUAAACCGUUUAUUGCACGUAAUUACCGUAAAAUAUACGUUCUGAAGUGCGUUCAAGGGUUUCUAGGAUAGAGCAACGUUCUGCAAAACGAAUUUAAGUUUCGUAAGAUUGAUUUAAAUGUUACCGCAUAAUUUAUUUGGUCUACAGGAUUCUAAUGAUUGAAUUGGUUAAUGAUAUAACUUCUGGUUUCUUGUAUGAGUUUGUUUAUAAUUGACGUUAUUUUCGAUUGUGAUUUUGUAAAAAACCGCUUUUUCAUUUUCCAUUUAAUUACGAUAAUUACAACUAAUCCGCAAAGUUGGGUACAAAAACUUUUUCAUACGUUGUAAACCUGCCGCGCACGUGUGCGCGGCUGCAUCGUGGCGAAACAACAAAAACUGGAAUGAAUGAACUUGAUCACGAAAUUCCACAAUUAAUAUUUUGAUCGCGCGCGG